GAAGCAAGACCCGAGAAGGGGUGGUACAAGGUGUGGCUUCAGUGGCGGAGAAGACCAAGGAGCAGGCCUCACAUCUGGGAGGAGCCGUCUUCUCCGGGGCUGGCAACAUCGCGGCAGCCACGGGCCUGGUGAAGAAGGAGGAAUUCCCCACCGAUCUGAAGCCAGAGGAAGUGGCCCAGGAAGCUGGUGAGGAGCCGCUGAUCGAGCCCCUGAUGGAGCCGGAAGGGGAGAGUUAUGAGGAGCCACCGCAGGAGGAAUAUCAGGAGUACGAGCCAGAGGCGUAGGGGCCCAGGACGGCCCCCACCAGCAGCACAAUUCCAUCCCUGGCCCCCGCCCGUCCCCCAGAGCCAGGGCGGACCUUCCACCCCUUCUCCCCAAACACGAGCUCUUCCUUCCGCUCCGAGGCGCCACCUCG